AUGGUGAUCCUCUCCAUGGUUGUUGCCAGCGUUUUGGUCUAUCGACUGAAUUAUUCGUCCCGUGAACCAAGCGGCAGAGCUUGGAACGGGGUGGAGGCCCAGGAUCAGAGUUCUCUGAACGAAGACCUCUGCGACAUCCUGGGGUUCAUACCGCUGGAUGAGGUGAACGAUAUUCUACAAUCCUUCGUGAAAUACGACAAGCAAAUCGGCGACGUGACCGUCGGCUACAUAAACGAUCAUUGGAUGUACAUCGCCCGGGAAUUCAAACGGAUGCCGGAAUUUCAGCGGGCUCUAAGCUUCCUCGCGAAUAACGGUCUGGACGUGGAAUAUUGGCGCAACAAAAUCGCGGAAUUCUGGAUGGACCUUCCCGCGUACGUCAAUAACGACACUUCCUUGGCCUGCGGCGGCCUUUCGGCGAUGGUCAACAAAGUCGUGAGAACCAUCCCGCGGAACGAGAUGCACGAAUUCCUCUGUCAAAAAUUACGAUACUCAUCCAGCUUCAGAGCGUUUUUGGAAAUGCUGCGUUCGCCGAACUUCGAGGAACUCUGCGACGCGAUCGAGAGCAGCAAGGUAUUGCAACGGCACUACUUCUGGGCAAACGACGACGGCAUCGAAGUCAUCUUUGCUGUGGAAUUGCUAAAGAACUUGUACAUGUAUUUGGCAUAUGAACUGGAAUGA